AAAAAAAGCACAAAUUUCAAUAUGUGUUAUAUAAAUACCAACAAAAUUAAUUUUGGUCAGUUGAUUUGACAGGAGUAAUAUUUUAAACAGGAAGCAUUGAAUUUGCGGGAUAAUUAACACGUUUGUCGAUAAAUAUUAUUUGAGGAUAUCCUAAAGAAAAACGUGACAAAGAGGAAACCGAGUAAUAAUAUGGUAAACACCAACAAAGAAAUAUUGUAGUGGUGUUACCAGUAACAUCAGGGAGUGCACGUUUCGCAAGGGAAACUUAAAUUACAUAAUCGGAUUUCAUGGGUAUGAAUUCAAAAUAGAGAUAAAUACGUCAAUAGUUGUGAUACAAUUCUAUACGGCGCAUAAAUACAUAACAUAAUCUUAAAAUAUCGUUUAGAAGAAAUUAAUUAGUAACAAGUAAAAGAUCAUUUAGAAGAAAAUUCCAUGGAAUAAUUAUCGGUGAGUUCUACUUUGAACAUCUGCUUCUAUCUUUUCUGUCGCCCGUUCAAUAUAUGUUUUCACCGUUUAAGAUGUCAGUAUUCUUUUAUCACAUCGUUUUGCAUUGACUCUAACGUUCUAUGAAUAAAUCUGAUGGAGUCUCAUUCCCGAAAGCCACCGCUAGGUAUCUGGACCUUUGAUCGAUUCUGCGGCAAGGCGAGGAAUGGAUCAUCGCUUAUCGAAGAUUGUCUGAGAUAAUGACCAAGGAGAACCGCAACGAUCAGAGGAUCUUUCAUGGACGGAUAUCUGCAGCUCGAUGAACUUGGGCUGGUCUGGUGCGUUAAAGUCUCCGCACACCUAUCCGUUCCCGAGGAAGAGAAAACCAAGAAAAAAAUCCAGUGCUUUUAAUAAUAAUAAGACUUUUGGUCAGUUCGUCAAUAAAAGAAGAAUUAGGUGCAAUCAAGAUAAAUCGAUCCAUUCUAGUGAUAUAGGAAAUUUGAAGAAAUUUGUGAUAAAAAUAGUUGAUUAAGUAGUAAUUUUGAAUUGUUGGAGAGUACUUAAUUUACACACUACUGGAAUAUCCAAUGGGAAUGAAAGAAUAGAAAAUUCUUUCCCGAAAACAAUUUUCCAAUGGCUCUAAUAAUGUUCAGAACACUCGUGCCAUUUGUGCUGAUCUCCUUGGUUUCCGCAUUGGGUACAAACGACGGUGGGCCCAACAGUCCAGUGUUCAAUUUGGACGGUACAGCCUUUGAGAAAAAUAUUGCGGCGAUAUUCAAUAAAGUAGCGCACAGUUCAGCGACGACAAAGCGAAGUGUCCCCGCCUUCGAGCCUCAGGUGUCGGCGAGCACAACACUCUCGACAGUGCCCUCGCCACUCUCGACGACCUGGACAGCGCCGUCGGUUCGGAGUCCGGCGUCACGAGCGACACCCUCGCCCGUCUUUCGAGAGCAGCCGUCCUACGCACCGCCGUCUAAGUCAUUCUUCACACCCCCAUUGCCGCCGGAACUCUCGAAUCCCUUCGCCGACAAGCCGACCCUGAGGGGGACGCACUACGAUCCCCACGUGAUUCAGAGGAGGCCGGUGCCGCCGCCGAGUGGCACUCCAGCGCAGGAGAGAAUACCGAUAAGACCUCCGGAUCUUGUUCAAGGUCCCUCGCAAACUCCCGAGCGCCCCGUCACCAAAACAAGUAAAACACACAAUUUAAGUAAGGAGCAAAAAAAUUACGAGGCCUCUGAACCAGAGAGGCGAAAUAUCUCCAAUGAAUUUGCGCCCACUUUACAUUAUCCCAGUAUUUCGAGAAUUCUGUCGGGAAGUAAUGGCAGGAAGCAAGACAUUCCAGAAAUUCUCCUUAAGCCAUUGCCAACAAAGAGUCCAGUGCAAAAUAUCUCGCCAAUCUCCACAACUGAGAGGACGACGUCAACAAGCACAAUUAGAACGACAACAACCAUGUCCAAUUCCGUGACAAAUCCCAUCAUAUUUAAUUUGCCGAAUACGAGGCGACAGGAUGAGGACGAGGACGAAGAUGAUAUGGAUCGGGACCAGAAGAACUACAACGAAAAUAUAUUCAAGACUGAGAAUAUUGAGACGGUGGAUGGAGAACGACUACUUUAUCCACAUCCGCAACCUCCGAAUCCUUCGAAGGAAGGACCAAUUGAGGAUGAUCGUGUGAUACCACACAGGGAUCCAUUUCCCCUGGAUCCAAGUUGGAGGAUCGCUUGGUCACUUCACGUCUAUAUCGCCGCUAUCAGCUUUACUCUUAUGGCACUUUAUUCGAUAUAUAAAAUAGUUCGCUUCAACGACGCUACGAAUCUCUUCACACAAUCGUACUUUCUCACAGUGCAUUUGCUCCUGACAACUGUAUGCACUCUAAGGUGUUUUCAUCUCUUCUACGAUGCAAACAAUCUCUCGGGUACAUUGCACAGUUCACUGUCCGGAGUUCUGAUGUAUCUGCCAUCGCCAAUGCUCUCUACGGCUUUCGCGACUCUUGUUCUCUACAUGACGAGAUGCUCGGAAGCGCCUUCAUUCAAUAAUAAAUAUUUUUCCCCAACAUCAGUCGCAUCCUACGCAAUUGUACACGUUGUCCUCUGCAUUUCGCUCCACAUUUCGAGUCCACUGCUCGGCUACCAUGACGAGGCGAAAAUUCUCCCCCUCAUCUGUCAAUGCAUCUACAUAAUCGUCUGCAUGGUACUUGGACUGUGCUACAUGUACGUCUAUCGUGUGAUCCGAUCACAAAUUCAUAUAACGACGAACAAGAGUAUAAACAAUCACGUAGCGGCCGAUCCCUUGGCCAUGGCGCUUAAUACCGCAAUCACGACAUCAAUAGCGACUGCUCUCUUGUUCAUUCUCAUGGGAUCGGUUCAGCUUUUCGACUGCAUCUUCGGUGUUCAGGAGAUGUCGACGCUGUACCAUCAUUCCUGGCUCUGGUGGGGCUGGCAGUCUUCCGUCCGUCUACUGGAACUCACAAUGUGCGGUUUGAUGGCUUGGGUCUCGAGUCUGUCGCAGUAUCCACUGCGCGAGAAACAACUGCAGCAGCACUCGGCACACUCGGGCUUUGCCCUUUUCCCCUGCGGCAGUUCAACGUCCACUGAAAAUAUGGACGACGUACUGUACCCGGCAAUAUGCAGUACCAAUCAGGCCAUUCAAAAUUACACAAUGAGAACUGGAAAACAAGUCUAUGACGACAGUUAUCCAUUGAAUACUCUGCCGGAGCAUCUCAAUAUCACCGGCACAUUCGAGAGACAUUCAAUUAGAAAAUCAGGGACCAUGGGACACUUUCCCCACGAGGGAAGGGGAUCAAUGAGUCGACACGGGAACGGCGUGCAGACAAUGAGGAACCUCGACACACGCGGUAGGCACACGCCGACGCAGGCGGGAUUGCACGAGCAGGCCUCGGCCACGGGCUCAACGAUGCUGGUCGCCGAGGAUGGAUUCGUCAGGUUUCGCAGCCUUGGCGGUGAGGAGGAGGAGAUGUCCGACUCGCAGAGUAUUAUCGGCACACAUGGCAGAGGAAGCUCACUGGCGGGAAGUGUUAGAUAUAAUGCAAGGCAUCCCAAUGCAGUGCCACAUUCACAUUCUCAUCAGCAUGCUGUUCAACAUGCACAUCAGCAUCAUCACUCGAUGCAGCAGCACUCGCACCCGAAUCAGGGACAAUAUCAGGCACACCAUCCUAUGCAUCAUCAGGUGUAUAAUAAUACGUAGGUGUUAAGAGCCGCGGGAGUCUUAGCGGCCGUUAAUCCCUGCUCCUGGUGUCGCUCGUCUGAUAGUGUUUACCAAGAAUGUCACCACGUGUAAAAUGGUUCAACAUCAUUCAGUCGAACGAGUGUGUCUGUCGUGAUGAGCGACGUGAAAAGAAAAUUAAAAAAAUUUUAUUUAAAGAAAAAGAAAACAAAAAUGUAAGAUACAAUUUGUGUAUAAACUAAGUCUUACAUUUUUACUUGUCUCAUAUUUCAUACGAAAUACGAGAAAUUUUAGUCCAUCGAAAUGAUAUUUAUUUUGACUUUGAAAAAGUCAAGAAAAAACUAUAAAAUAAGAUAUAAAAAUCGGAAAUCUCCGCUUCACUAUGGGUAGUCAUGUUUUCAAGUUUUCAUCUUGUACUUGGCGUAUGGUACUUAAUGCUACUCUUAACGAGUAAUGAAAUAAGAGAUACGGAUAUAUAUUAUAUUUUUUUUCUUGAAGCCCAUAGGAUGCUUAUAUCCAAUCAAUGUAUCCGUCAUAGUGCGAUUCGGAAAGAAGAUAAUUGUAUAUUUCUUCUUUUUUUAUUAUUUAUUUUAAUAUAAUGUAAUCGCUAAUUAUUGCAAUUACGUUUUUAUUUUCGAGAUAAUUGCCGAGAAAUGUUGUACAUCGAGCAAUUAUAUUUAAAUUGACUAUUUCCGACCAAUAAUUAUGCGUGCUGGAGGAACAAGACUGAUUUCCUUAAAAUGUUUCAUGUAAAGCGUUCAUUGAACGGUUUUUGAUUUAGAACUUGAUAAUUUUGUAAUUCUUGUUAUAUGGAAAUUUAAAAUUGCUUUUUUUUACCAUUUCAUAGAAAGGUCUUUGACAAUUUUUUUAUUUUUGUUUUAUGGAAAAUAUGUUUGACUAUUUUUCCUAAAGAAAAGAUUUUUUAAUUUUCAUUCAGUGGAAACUCGCAAUGGCCAGUGACUAAAAAAAUUUGCCUGUUUUCUGCUGAUUUUUUUUUUUAAGAAUUCAACGAGUACUUAAAAUGGGUUUGAUUUGAUAGUCAAGAAAAAAAAUCCAGUCAGUAAAACUGACGACUCUUCUUUUCGAAUUGCACUAAAAUAUACAUCAUUUACGAAUUGAAACGUAAAUUCACAUAAAAACGUGUACGUGAUUUUUUCUAGAUAUUGAUAUUGGCCAAACGGGGUCCAAACACGACAUUAAAGAUUCCAAAUCUUUCAUAAGUAUUCGAAUUGAAAAUCGUGCUUGUGGUCGAAUCGAAAAACAUUUUUGUACAGUAUAGUAAAUUAUCGCUCAUUAAGUCAUAAGAUUUAGUUAGCAUUUUUCGAAAUUAGACUAAGUUAUUCUGUAAUAUAUUAAGUUACGUUUCGAAUAGAUAUUAUAUUUAUGAAUUGAAGACUUUUGCGAAUUUAAUAUUAAUUUAAUUAGUAUGAAUGAGCGAGAGAGAAACGAAAUGUAUUGAGAAAAUGAAUGAUACUGUGCAAAGGAUGAACAAUGAGUUAAUUUAAGUUUCAAGCACCGGCCAGCAUUUUUUUUUAGAAACAUUACUUGAAGACUAUGGUACAAAGUAGCAUUUCUACUUUCAAUCAGUACUAUUUUAUGUCUUGCAUAUGUUUAUAUAUGUACAAUGUAAAUAAAGUACACACACGAACACAUACACACAUUCUUCGUGAGUAAAUCUUUAAUGACACUUUUUAAGUUCAACUUGAGUGUAAUUUCUUGAAAUAUGCCAGUGUGAAAUAAUUGUCUCCGUACUCUCCUUUUCUUUAUUGUGGUUCUUAAAAAUGGAUAUUUUUAUUUUUUCUUUUAUAUCUCUAACUAGAUAUAUGUUUAUUAUUUAUUUAUUUUUUUUUCAAAUACAAAGAAUUAUUUUUUUAUUUAUUCUUCUACUUCUUCUUUAAAUUUUUCCAUUGAAAAGUUUAAGAAUUGUAUAUGUUUUUUUAAGAACAACAGUAAAAAAGAAAUAUUCUUAUUGUUAAAUAAUCACACAGUGAAAUAGAUUUUUGAAAUGUUCAUUUAUAAUUGAAUAAUUUCACGAAUGUCAAAUAUUAGUUUUCUUGCGCUUUAAUACUUGUGUUAAUGUACUAGCAAUAGUUAUUCUUCAUAACAAAUAACCGUUUCCACAAUUUAUUAUUACGAAUUCGUAACAAUUAUGAAUUCAUAAUGAAAAUGUUUUUUCAUAAAUAGAUAUUAUUGUCCCUGACAAAUGCCUCGCAUUUUCCAGUGCGUAACAAAAUACAAAAAAAAAAACUAUAUGAAUUUGUUCUUAAGAUUUUUCGAUAUUUGAAAGAAUUUUUAUUGAUGUCUCGCGAUGAUAACAUGUUAGUAUAUCGGAUUUUAAAGCCCGAUCUGUAUGGAAAAAAAUAUAUCUCAAUAUCAUAUGACAAUUGUGUCAUGUACUUCUUACAUGUAUUAAUGCAAGUUUUUAUCUCAAGUUUUUGAAAGAAAAAAAAAGUUAUUAAAAUAAACAUUCCAUCUUUCACACAUCGCCUAGAAUAAGAAAUGCGUAAGAAGGAGAGAAGAGAAAAAAAAUGCUUAAAUGAACAAAUGUGAGUUCUUUGUAAGGGUAAAAACAUUUCUGUUUGAUUUUAGCAAGUUUAAAAGCGCAGAAAUUUUUUAAUAAAAAAAUAUGAAAAAAACGAAGAAAGAAAAAAGUGAGAAAUCAUAGCUCUUAUAUAAGCUAUUAUUAUUAUAAACGAAAUAAAAGAUGCUUAUGUAUUCGGACUCUGUAAAAACUGUAUAAUAACUGUACAAAAUAAUAACUAUAUAAAUCAUAUAUAAA